CAUUAACCAAGCAACAUAAGUACCUCACUAUUUCUAAACAAAUUUGGAUGGCUCAAAGUGGAUCCCUCUGUGCUGAAACUGAGGCACUGAGUCAAGUCCUGAGUCUGGUUGAAGCAUUUAGAAGCUUCGACGCGGACGAUGACGGGUUGAUUAAUGUAGCAGAGGUCGGUGGGGCACUGAGUUCGCUGGGUUAUGGAGCAAGCGAGCGAGAAGUUACGAGAAUGAUGCAGCAAGGAGACAGGAACAGGGAUGGUCUGGUAAGCAUAGAGGAGUUCCUGGAGAUGAACACGAAGGAGAUGGAGCUGAAUGGUGGUCUUGCCGAAUCUCUUAGAAGUGCCAUGGAAGCUUUUGAUGAAGAAGGGUUCGAGAGUAUGACGGCAGAUGACUUGAAUUUGAUACUUGAGUUGUCUAUGGAGGAAUGCCAGGCGAUUAUUGAAUCGAUGGAUGCAGAUGGAGAUGGAGCUGUUGAUUUUGACGACUUCAAGCUCAUAGUUGCCUCCCUCCUCUAACUUCUUAACCUAUAUAACCUCGUAUAUAAAGUAACACGUACCAGAUGGACUCCAAAAUAUGAAAAGUUAUUGCAGGAGUCAGGAUUAUAUGAUAUACAUACAUAUAUAUAUAUAUAUAUGGUUGUUCUCUAAUUAAGUAGAGUAAAUUACAGUUUUACUACAUGUGUCACAAUGUGUGUGGGUUGAUCUAUUUUAAAUAAAAUUCACUGUCUAAAAGUGUGUUUGAAAGAGUCUA